AAUAAACCAAAUCAUGCACACGUACAAUAUUAAUAUUAAUAUCUAUUUUUUCUUCUUCACUUUCUUCUUAAUUUCUUUAUCAUCUUGAUGAAGAAAUUGCAUGUUAUUUUCUUCAUUUUUAUACUCACAUUUUUCAUUAUUUUUCGAAUUUUUAUCAAUAAACAUAAUGUAUCUAAUGAUCAUCGAUAUAAACAUGGAGAUCAUGUACCUCUUUUUACUAAUAAAAUUGGCCCUUUUCACAAUCCUAGUGAAUCCUACAGAUAUUAUGACCUGCCAUUUUGUAUACCAGAUUAUGUGAAAUGGGAAGAGAAGAAAGAUGCUGUAGGUGAAAUUUUAAACGGUGAUAGCGUUGUGAGUGGUCCUUAUGAACUCGAUUUCUUGGUAGAGAAAGAAGCGGAAAUUCUCUGUCGAAAGAAUCUAACAAGGGAUGAAGUUAUGCAGUUUCAAAAAGCUGUCGAUAAAGACUAUUACUUUGAAAUGUACUAUGAUGAAUUGCCGAUAUGGGGACUUAUCGGAAGAGUUGAGAAUAGGGAAGUGAUGGAGGAUCCGAAAUUUUACAAGUACUUUCUAUACAACCACAUAAAUUUCGAUAUCCACUAUAACAAGGACCGUGUUAUUGAGAUCACUGCACGAACGGAUCCCUUUUCUGUUUUGGACCUUACAGAGGAUAGGGAAUUUGAUGCUGAGUUUACGUAUGCUGUGAAAUGGAAGGAAACGAACAUUCUGUUUGAGAAUCGGAUGGAUAAGUUCACGCAGACUUCUCUACCUACCUUGGAGAUCCACUGGUUCUCAAUCAUCAAUUCUUGUGUUAUCGUACUCUUUUUAACCGGUUUCCUUGCCAUGAUUCUUAUGCGAAUACUUAAAAAUGAUUUUAUCAAAUAUACACACGAUGAAGAAGCAGUUAAUGAUCAAGAGGAGACGGGAUGGAAGUACAUACACGGUGAUGUGUUUAGGUUCCCGAAACACAAGUCAUUGUUCGCUGCAGCGCUUGGAUGUGGCACUCAGCUAUUUACACUGACAAUUUUUAUAUUCUUGAUGGCGCUUGUCGGGGUAUUUUAUCCUUACAAAAGAGGAGCUCUAUAUACUGCCCUUCUGGUUAUAUAUGCACUCACUUCUGGCGUUGCCGGAUACACUUCAACCUCUUUCUAUUGUCAGCUUGAAGGAACUAAUUGGGUAAAGAAUCUGGUAUGGACCGGGUGCCUCUUCUGUGGCCCGCUCGCGUUAACAUUCUGCUUCCUCAAUUCGGUUGCAGUUAGUUAUAGUUCUUCUACUGCUCUAUCAUUUGGCACAAUUAUGUUAAUAGUACUCAUGUGGACAUUAGUGACGUCGCCACUACUUGUAUUAGGCAGAAUUGCUGUCAAAAAUAGCAGUAGGGGCUUCCAAUUUCCAUGUCGAACCACAAAGAGUCCGAGGGAAAUUCCAGUACUCCCUUGGUAUCGUAGUACCAUCCCUCAGAUGGCGAUGACAGGACUCUUGCCGUUUAGUGCCAUAUACAUCGAGCUCUAUUACAUAUUUGAAAGCGUAUGGGGUCAAAAGAUUUACACAAUUUACAGAAUAUUGUUUAUAGUCUUCAUUCUUCUGCUGAUAGUAACCGCCUUUGUCACUGUUGCAUCGACUUAUUUCCAACUUGCCGCAGAAGAUCAUAAAUGGUGGUGGAGUUAA